ACACAACACCCGGCGAAGAGGCCAGCUGGGGUUCAGCAACAUUUCUCUCUUGAAUGGACAGUGUAAUGAAUCUGUAUUGUGAUAAUACAUGUUAUUAUACAAUAAUCAAGAUUGCACUGAUACUGAAACUGCACGAUUUUACUUGUUCCAGAAAACUUUUUAGGAAGAAAAAGCCAGCCCCCUGCCAGAUGACCUGCCGGCCCCGUUGAGGCAUAACAAAACUGGGACGUCUUCUUGUUCACGCCGUUAUCGUUAAUCAAUAAUGACAAUAUGACUUUGAACCUUUGCUAUCAAGUAGGAGUACCGGUUCUACAGUCCGGUCACAUAACUCAUUGGGAUGAAGUUAUUAUCUUUGGUCUGGCCGUCUUCAUGUUGAUAUGUUACAUACACUUUUCCGUUGCCUUGUUCGCUUACAUUCGAGAGGAGUUUGAGUUUGGUUGAGAGCGUCGAGUGUGCAUGUUUUAUCCUGUUUUUUCACCUGAGCUUUAUUGAUAUAAGCGUGAGCCACUGGCACAGCACUGUGUCUGGGACCAUGGAGGAUAUUUACUGGGACCAAUUCUGUGGGAGUCAAAACCAGUACUCUGCAUUUUGGAGCAACAAUCUCACGGUAGACACCAGUAAUCCAGACUUCACCCAGUGCUUCCAGGACACAGUAUUUGUGUGGGUUCCAUGUGGGUUUUUAUGGCUGUGUUCACUGUUCUACAUCCCUUCUCUGAAAGGAAAACCAGUUGUCAACAGGUGUUCUCAUGCAGGAAAACUCAAUCUUACUAAGCUGGUCCUGUCUAUCUUGCUAUGCUUUGUAGUCUUGAUGGAUUUUUUCAAGACAGUUGGUGAAAUAUCAUCGCAUCCACCACAUGUGUACUUCGUAGCACCAAGUGUAUAUUUUAUCACAUUUGCUUUGUCAGCUUUUCUGAUCAGCUAUGAAUUCAGGAAAGGAAUAUUGUCAUCAGGUGUUUUGUUCUUGUUCUGGUUUCUGUUACUUCUUACCGGAAUUGUGUCAUUUAGAUCCAAGAUUAUCCAGCUCCAACAAGUGGAAGGGGUGAGUGUGUUCAAAGCAGUGACAUUUUUCAUCUACUUUGCAUUUGUUGUCCUGGAGUUUAUUCUCCACUUGUGGGCAGACACUGCAGCUCUUCCAGAUUCCAGAUUGAUAUCACCAGAGCGACAGCCACUUUUGUCCGACCAAAAAACAGACAAAGAAGACUCAAAUGAAAAUAGAAAACCUUGUCCUGAACUUAAAUCAUCAUUCCUUAUGAGGCUAACAUUUGGAUGGAUAACAAAACUUGUCAUCACAGGCUAUAGACGUCCAUUGGAAUUUAAGGAUCUUACCAAGUUAUUACCAGAAGAAUCUUGUGCUGUGAUUGUCCCAAGGUUCCUAAGAGAAUGGAAUAAAGAAAUGAUGAAAAUACAACGAACUCCUGUAUACAAAUACACUGCCAGUGGCACGUCUCUAAGGAUACCAGAUGAUGAUGACACCACCUAUGGUUGGGCGGGAGAGCGCACUGAGCCUGUGGCAGGAUACUCACAAUCUAGUUCAAGCAGUCAACCCAGUCUGACCAAGGCUCUGGUUAGAACAUUUGGCGCAUAUUUUGCAUAUGGUGGCUUCAUGAAUCUCAUAUAUACUGUUUUGACAUUCGUGAACCCGCUUCUUCUCGAUUCUCUCAUUACUUUUAUCGAAAGUAAUGAUCCAUUUGUUUGGCGGGGCUACCUCUAUGGUGUUUUAAUGUUUGUCACGAGCUUGCUUCGUACGUUGAUCAUGCAACAGUACUGGGACUCAUGUUUUCGUACAGGACUCAGGACAAGGUCAGCCAUUAUAGCUGCAGUCUAUAGAAAGUCCCUGAAACUGAGCAAUGGAGCCAGAAAGAAUACCACAGUAGGUGAGAUUGUGAAUUUGAUGUCCGUGGAUGCCCAGAAAAUGCAAGAUGUCCCAGCAUACCUACACAUGCUCUGGGUGUCUCCUCUCACCAUAGCUAUUGCCCUGGUGUUCCUGUGGUAUAUCCUUGGGCCCUCUUCUCUGGCUGGGUUAGCUGUUAUGGUACUGCUUGUACCAGUGAAUGGCUUUUUAGCUACCAAGAUCAGAUUGCUUCAGGUAGCUCAGAUGAAGUACAAAGAUACAAGACUUAAGAUUAUGAGUGAAGUAUUGAAUGGCAUGAAGGUGCUCAAAAUGUAUGCUUGGGAGCCGUCAUUUCAAAGAAAAAUUGAAGAAAUACGUAACAAAGAAUUGAAAGUUUUGAAAAAGGCUGCAUACCUUAAUGCAAGCGCAUCUAUUAGCUGGUUUUGUGCCCCAUACCUGGUUGCAUUAGCCAGUUUUGCAACUUUUGUCCUGUCCGACCCAGGGAACAUUCUGGAUGCCAACACCGCAUUUGUAUCUCUUAACCUGUUUGCCAUCUUAAACUAUCCUUUGUCCAUACUGCCACAGACCAUUGUCUUCACUGUCCAGGCUGUUGUUUCCGUUGCAAGAAUCGGAAGGUUUUUGAAAGAGGAUGAAGUGGAUCCAAAUUCAGUUGAAAGAUCAAACAUCAGAGAGCAUGCAGUGUCAGUGGACAAUGCCUCAUUUGCUUGGGGCAAAAAGGAAGUUCCUAUCCUCAGAAAUAUUGAUAUUCACGUAGACCCUGGCAGCCUGGUGGCUGUGGUAGGACAGGUGGGAAGUGGGAAGUCCUCGCUCAUAGAAGCUAUCAUGGGAGAAAUGGACAGGCUUCAGGGCACUGUUAAUGUGAAGGGUUCAGUGGCAUAUGUGGCUCAGCAAGCCUGGAUUCAGAACCAGACAGUUAAAAAUAACAUCCUAUUUGGAAAAAAGUUAAAUGAAACACUGUAUAAAAAAUGUCUCAGCAGCUGUGCCCUAGAACCUGACCUGAAAAUUUUACCCGGAGGGGAUCAGACAGAGAUUGGAGAGAAGGGUAUCAACUUGAGCGGAGGUCAGAAACAGCGUGUCAGUGUGGCCAGAGCUGUUUACCAGGACUGUGAUGUCUACCUUCUGGACGACCCUCUCAGUGCUGUGGACAGCCAUGUUGGCAAGCACAUCUUUAAUGAAGUGAUAGGACCUCAGGGAAUGCUGAAAUCUAAGGCUGUUGUUUCCGUUGCAAGAAUCGGAAGGUUUUUGAAAGAGGAUGAAGUGGAUCCAAAUUCAGUUGAAAGAUCAAACAUCAGAGAGCAUGCAGUGUCAGUGGACAAUGCCUCAUUUGCUUGGGGCAAAAAGGAAGUUCCUAUCCUCAGAAAUAUUGAUAUUCACGUAGACCCUGGCAGCCUGGUGGCUGUGGUAGGACAGGUGGGAAGUGGGAAGUCCUCGCUCAUAGAAGCUAUCAUGGGAGAAAUGGACAGGCUUCAGGGCACUGUUAAUGUGAAGGGUUCAGUGGCAUAUGUGGCUCAGCAAGCCUGGAUUCAGAACCAGACAGUUAAAAAUAACAUCCUAUUUGGAAAAAAGUUAAAUGAAACACUGUAUAAAAAAUGUCUCAGCAGCUGUGCCCUAGAACCUGACCUGAAAAUUUUACCCGGAGGGGAUCAGACAGAGAUUGGAGAGAAGGGUAUCAACUUGAGCGGAGGUCAGAAACAGCGUGUCAGUGUGGCCAGAGCUGUUUACCAGGACUGUGAUGUCUACCUUCUGGACGACCCUCUCAGUGCUGUGGACAGCCAUGUUGGCAAGCACAUCUUUAAUGAAGUGAUAGGACCUCAGGGAAUGCUGAAAUCUAAGACCAGAAUACUAUGCACUAACAGUAUCAGCUGCCUGCCUAAAGUGGACAAAAUCAUAGUACUGUCUAGUGGAGAGAUCUCCGAGAUUGGUACAUAUCAAGAAUUGCUGAGUCAUAAUGGCGCCUUUUCUGAGUUCAUUAAGACUUAUCUUAAUGCAGAAGAAGAAUCAUCGGAAAGUGAAGAUGAUGAAGAAACUAGUGAAAUGAAGGCCCAGCUCAGGCGCCAGAUAUCCAUCCUGUCAGGAGAAGAGAGUGGUGGAGAUAGUGAAUUAGAACGAGGAAAGUCUCCUUUCACAUCAUCAGGACGGAAAAAGAGCAGGGCCAGGACCACAUCAAGGAGUAAAUCUGUAGAGGAGUCUCUUCACAUUAAGAGGGAAUCCAAAGUAGGAGUGAAACUAAUUCAGGAUGAAUUUGCAGAAACUGGAACUGUGAGCUUUGCUGUAAUUGUUGCCUACAUGAAGGCUCUGGGUAUGGUGGCAUUCUUUACCACUGUGUUCAGUUACAUAGGAUUUGUGGGUUGCAUGAUUGGCUCCAAUAUAUGGCUAAACAUAUGGAGCAAUGACCAAGUCAUUAACAAUACUCAGGACAGGUCUCUGACCGACCUAAGACUUGGGGUGUAUGGAGCAUUAGGUGGAGGACAAGCUUUGUUUGUCCUGAUAGAGUCUCUGUCCAUUGCCACUGGUUGUAUAUGUGCCUCUGAUAUCCUCCACAGUGGAAUACUCAAGUGUAUUAUGAAGACACCCAUGGCUUUCUUUGAUACUACACCUCUAGGUCGGAUAGUGAAUCGUUUCUCCAAAGACAUGGACACAGUGGACAUCACUAUUCCAAUGACCAUGAGGAUAUUUCUGGCCACUCUGGCCAGUGUCAUCUCAACUCUGGUGGUCAUCACUUACAGUACACCUUUGUUCAUAGUGGUCAUUGUACCACUGGGAAUAUUGUACUAUUUUGUGCAGAGGUUUUACGUUGCAACAGUUAGACAACUGCAAAGAAUUGAUUCCCUUAAGAGGUCCCCUAUAUAUUCCCACUUUGGCGAGACAAUAGUUGGAGCAAGCUCUAUCAGAGCCUUCAGACAGCAGGAGCGAUUCAUACAGACCACAGACAGAAUGGUGGAUGAAAACCAGAUGGCAUGGUUCCCAUAUAUCACUUCUAAUAGGUGGUUGGGGGUUGGCUUGGAAACCAUUGGUUCAUUCAUAGUGUUGUUUGCAUCUCUAUUUGCUGUUAUUGCCAGAGAGAGUGAUGCAGGGAUCACAUCAGGGGAAGUGGGCCUCUCUGUGUCUUUUGCUCUACAGGUGACAGCCUCCCUGAACUACAUGGUGAGGAUGAGCUGUGACUUUGAGACCCAAAUUGUGGCAGUAGAGAGGAUAAAGGAGUACUCUGAACUAGACAGUGAGGCCCCCUGGGACCUUAACCACAACCGUCCACCCCCUGAGUGGCCUCAGCAGGGUAAAGUGGUGUUCAACCAGUUCAGUUUGAGGUACAGGCCUGGUCUGGACCUGGUGCUUAGGGAUAUUAAUUGUGAGGUGCAUCCUGGAGAAAAGGUAGGAAUAGUUGGCCGCACAGGAGCUGGCAAGUCUUCCCUAACCCUGGCAUUGUUCAGAAUAAUUGAGGCUGCUGCAGGGAGCAUUGUGAUAGAUGGGAUCAACAUUGCUGACCUAGGAUUGCAUCAGUUGAGACAGAAAGUCACAAUCAUUCCACAGGACCCAGUAUUGUUCUCAGGCACCUUAAGAAUGAACCUUGACCCAUUUGACCAGUACACUGACAAUGAUAUAUGGAAUGCGCUGGAGCAUUCUCAUUUAAAGGGUUAUGUCAGCUCUCUGCCACAAUUACUGGAACAUGAGUGCACUGAAGGGGGAGAAAAUUUAAGUGUUGGCCAAAGGCAGCUAGUGUGCUUGGGCAGAGCUCUGCUGAGAAAGACUAAGAUCCUUGUUUUAGAUGAAGCCACCGCUGCUGUUGACAUGGAAACAGAUGAUCUAAUCCAAUCCACAAUAAGAACAGAAUUCAAGGAGUGCACAGUCCUCACCAUUGCUCACAGACUUAAUACAAUCAUGGAUUAUGAUAGAGUGUUAGUUUUGGAUGGUGGUGCCCUGAAGGAGUAUGACACACCCAGUGCUCUUCUGAUGAACAAGAAGUCUAUGUUUUAUGGUAUGGCCAGGGAUGCUGGCCUGGUUUAAGUGGAAGACAGCUUUUAUGUUGAGAUUGAGCCACUCACAGAACAAAUUAACUGAUAUGAGCUUUGCUCACUUUUCUGAACUUUAUGAUCCAUUUUCUUCAUAAAGAUAAAACAUUGUUGUAGGAAACAUGUUCAGUCAGUUUCAUUUGAAUACUUUGAGUAUAUAAUCUAGUUGUAUUUCUGAAGUAAUGUUCUCAGUUUAAAUUGGAAAGUUAAUCUUGCAUGUUUGAAAUGGUUUUAUUUUAUGCCCAUUAAUAAUGUGCAAUGCUAAUUUUUUCAAGGAUAUAUUGUGAAUAUUCGAUGAUUGAGUAAAACCAAUCCCUUUCAUUUCCUUCAUGUACAGGACAAGUUUUAUUAAGAUAUGUCUUUAUCUAUCAGUAUUGUGUCUUAUAAUUGUGAUGUGCUUAUUGCAGCAACUCCUUUUUUAACUCCAAUUAUUCUUAUUUGAUGUAUCAUACAUGAGUCAUUUGAUGUAAAUGGGUUCAGCAUGUUUUUAUUGACUGUUAUUUGAUUUGAUAUACUUUUUAAAUACC